UGGACUUGUUGUUCAUCCAUUCCAUUCUAAGGGUACUCUGGCUAAUGCAUGCGAUCCUUCUUCCGCCGAGCUAUGCCACCUCACUGGCCUCCCGUUCUUCAACUUCCACCACCACCACCACCACCAUCUUAGAAGGGAGCAAGAGUGCUGCUGAUCGUCUUGCCCUGCUCUCCUUCAAGUCCAUGAUCUCCAAUGAUCCAUUCCAAGGCCUGGCCUCAUGGAAUGACUCCAUUCAUAUCUGCCAGUGGCAAGGGGUGACAUGCGGCCGUCUCCACCCUGAAAGGGUCACUGCCUUGAGACUUGACUCCCUAAACAUAGUGGGCUCCAUAUCACCCUCCUUAGCCAACCUCACCUUCCUCCAGAGGCUCGAUCUCCCCAACAACCGCCUCCAUGGCCACAUCCCACCGGAGCUUGGCAAUCUAUCCCGCCUACGCUAUCUUAAUUUAAGCGGAAACUCCCUCGAAGGCGGAAUUCCACCCGCUUUUUAUCGCUGUCCUCGUCUCCUAGAACUCAUUCUCGGGAACAACAUGCUUCGAGGGGGGAUUCCGUCCAAUCUAAGCCAAUGUCGAGAACUCCAAGUCCUGAGCCUACGCCGCAACUUUCUCACAGGGAGCAUCCCAGAUGAGCUUGGCUCCCUCUCGAAGCUCACCUAUCUUGACCUCCGCAGCAACAACCUCACAGGCAGCAUCCCUCCUUCCUUGGGGAAUCUCUCCUCUCUCAUCGACCUCGACGUCAACAGCAACUCCCUUUCAGGUAUCAUCCCCUCGUCCUUGGGUCAGCUCUCGUUCCUCGUCUUUCUUCUUCUACAAAAUAACAACCUCGUGGGCAUCAUCCCUUCUUCUCUUGGAAAGCUCUCCUCUCUUCAAUACCUGGACCUAUCACAUAACAAUCUAGACGGAGACAUCUCACGUUCACUAGGCAACCUGUCCUCUCUUCUAGAUCUGGACCUAUCGUAUAACAAUCUAACGGGAAGCAUCCCACCCUCGUUAGGGAACCUCUCCUCUGUCACCGAGAUGGACCUUAGUAUCAACACCCUCUCAGGAGAAAUCCCCCCUUCCCUUGGGCUCCUGCCUUCCCUCUCUGUUCUCUAUCUCUCGGGAAACAAACUAAGUGGAGGUAUCCCACCUUCAUUCGGGUCCACCCAUUCUAUCACGCUCACAGUUAUCGGGCUAUCGCAUAACAAGUUGUCGGGCAGGAUUCCUUCCUCCAUCUACAACCUCUCGAGCCUCAUCUACCUUGGUGUCGCUGAUAACGAGCUCAUCGGCACUCUUCCACCUGAUUUGGGCCACUCUCUUCCUAACCUCCAAGCACUUCUCAUGUACUUCAACCAAUUUCACGGGCCCAUCCCCGCGUCGCUUGCGAAUGCCUCAGGCCUCCAAGACAUUGAGCUCACAGGAAAUAACUUCACCGGAAAAAUCCCCACGAGUCUGGGUGCCUUGCCAGAGCUAUACUUGUUGAGUCUGCACGGGAAUCAACUGGAAGCUGAAGAUGUCGACGACUGGAGCUUCCUCACUUCCUUGACGAAUUGCAGCAACCUACAAAUAUUGCAACUUGGUGCGAACAGGCUCCGAGGCAUGCUGCCCAGCUCCAUAGCUAACCUCUCCAUCACCCUCCAAACUCUGACUCUGGGAGGGAACCAAAUAUCAGGUAGCAUUCCUUCUGAAAUCGGGAAACUCUUCAACCUGACUUACCUUGACCUGAGCCAGAAUCUUCUCACUGGUAGUAUUCCUGACUCCAUUGGAAAACUCCGGAGCUUACAAGCACUUCGCAUGUCUAACAAUAAAUUGUCAGGUCAAAUUCCAACCUCAAUCGGCAACCUGACUCAGCUGAUUGAACUUGAUUUAAUAGCCAAU